GCCAAAAAAAAAUUUAAUGAAGAGCGUGGAUUGACGUGGAUCCGUAUUUCCAGACGAAGAGGAGCCCCGUUUAGCAUCCGUACCAACGAGAAGAGGGGACAUAUUCCAGACUCUCUCUCUUGUUCCUCAUCCCUCGCAAUCGACAAGCGAAAUAAACAGACUACCAAGGGAAAAGAGAACUCUAGAGAAGUAGGAUGAGUAUACGACACAUUGGUCCGGUGAACAGACGUCUCAACCCGUCGUCUGUGUCGCCGUCAAUGCUACUACCAGGCCAACCGUCGGGCACGUGGGGAGCGGUUUCCAGAUUUGCUGUCGUGCGCGCUGAAGCGAGUCAAAGAGUAUACGGUCUACACCGCAGUAUUCCGAAUCGGAGGCUAUACACAACAUGCGCGCCGAGCAGUUUACGGCCGACUUCAGCCCUUCUGUUCUCCUCCGAAUUGCGGCAACAACGACUGACCAUCCCGUCGGUUAUGUCACGCUCGAACUCGACGGUAGCUUCUGGGGUCGCCCCGUUCCCGGCAUCAGAGGUCGCCAAAUGCACAGCUCUCGUCGCUCUUCACGCCCGUCUUGAGCUUCCUGCUGAAUACGAACUGACGACGCUGGCACGGGCAUUGAACAGCGCUACUUCCAAACUGGCCGGAACGUUCCCGGACAACAGCACGCUUAGCGAACUAGGCAAUCGUCUGCUGGACUUUUACGUUUCAGAAUUCAUCGUCUGCUCAUACCCCCGUCUACCAAUGGAGAUCAUCAAGGAGGCUCGUUGGGCAUACUGCGGUGAUGACGCGCUGACUAGCGUCGGGCGUAGCUGGGGUGUCGAGCACGAGCGGCCGAGGGUUGUAAAGACCGGAAAAAAGGUGGAAAUAAAGAAAGACCAGGACUUGAUUGACUACUUUGGAGUCCUCAAGUACGGAAGUCUGGUGUUUGGCCGUGUUGGUGGUUUGACCGAGUACGUUGACCGAGAGAACGAGGACGGCACCAAGCGCGCCGUGCAGCGAUACUCGACCGCAAUGAGCGACUUUGUGCGCUCCAUUAUCGGAGGCCUGUACCUACACAGCGGGCGCGAGGCUGCAAAGCUGUUUAUCUUCAACCACAUCCUGUCCCGCAAACUCGACAUCUCCAAGCUUUUCCGAUUCGAGCAACCUACUCGUGAGCUCUCCCGUCUUUGUGCGCGCGAGAAACUGGCGCAGCCCAUCUCCCGCAUGAUCGCCGAAACCGGUCGGUCGUCUAUGGGAGCGGUCUACAUCGUCGGCGUCUACUCCGGCUCGAACCUGCUCGGCUCCGGCGAAGGCCGGAGUAUUUCUGAGGCCGAGACCCGUGCUGCCAUUCACGCUCUCAAGGCGUGGUACCUGUACUCUCCCAACAGUGCCCCCCCAAGCUCGACCGAAGAAACCCCCGAAGCUGAAUUCCAGCCGCUCUUCAUCGACCCUGGCCAGGUCAUUGUCUAAACUGAUCAAAAGUAUGAACACUGCUGUACAAGCUGGUCACGGAAAGUAUACGGGAGAAGAAAGAAAAGACUGUUAAGUUGUCGAGUAUAUUGUGUAUAUAUGUGCCAUACGCGUGCCACUAAAGAUCGGCAGAAUCCCGUUUUUGUAUGCUCGAUUUUUGAUUACUGGUUCCUCAGGUCCAUGAUUUUUUAUUUAUUUGCUUUGAUGCCAUUCUAUCUGCGUUAGUAAUUUUUGUUUGUUUAUCUUGUAAAUACACGAGCAUUCCGAUACAUCUAGUGAGACGUAGAGGUUUUUA